AUUGAGGCUAGUUGUUCAGCUCACCGAUGGAACCUCAUAAAACGCAGAGUCCAUUAGAACAGAGAGAGAAAGAGACAAUAACCCCAGCACUACUGGGCUGGACGACACUUUCACUCUUGACAGGGCACAAUCAACCUUACCAAACAGGAAAGAGUUGCUAUUUUGCGUUUCAUGAUCUGUUAAGUUUUCUCAUAAGGAGAAUGCACAGAUCUGGACUGCUCCUGCUGUCGCUGUGUGCAGGCUCUCUGGUGACCAAUAGCGGCGCGUUUGGGAAUCGAAGGCUGUGCGGGAUUCAGCUCGUGGAAGCGCUGCUGCUCGUCUGUGGUGAAAAGGGCCUCUUCUACUAUGGGCUUACAAAAUGUAAGCCCAUAUUCUACCAGCCUGCCAGGCGUGUCAGAGAGCACACUUUGCGCGUCAUGAUAAGGAACAGUGUCCCCUUCCUGCGGCAGACUGGAGCAGCUGCUCAGAGUGGAGAGAGAGGGACUGCCAGAAGCACUGUUGCAAAGAGAGGCAUUGUAGAGCAGUGCUGUCAUUUCUACUGUGACUAUUACGACCUGGAGAAUUACUGUAACACAUAGAGAGUCUGCUGCAUGCACUUCACCUGAGUAAAUAACUUGCAUUAUUUAAGUACUGCAGGUCUGGGAUA